UAGUUGAGCCGCUGCACUCAGACUGAGAACACGGGUUAAAUAUAGAGCAGAGUCUCACUCCCGAUGAGCGAACAGGCCGAAGAGGAGCCGCACCGACAGAAAGGGGGAAGAGUCUGUUUAUCCUCGCCGCUCCGAGAGGAGGAAGAAGCCUCGACACGCCGCGCAGCUCAGGCGGAACAGCCUCAGCGGGGAAGGUUGGAUUUAGGAGGAGAGGACUCUGUGAUGCUGUGAGUGAGGUCAACUCAUCAAUAAGGACAUCAACAAGUGACUGAAGGGCCUGACACAAGCUCCGAAGAAAUGCGAUCCAGGAGCUGCACCGUGGAGAGUCCCGACGAGGGGCACAUCCAGCCCGCCAAAGCUUUCAUCAAACAGGAGGCCGUCGAGAACGCGCCCGAGCUGACGAAGAAGAAGAUGAAGGACGCGAGGACGGCGUCGUCCGGGACGACCAAGAGACCUCAGAAACAGACGGAGGUCCGGAAAACCGCCACUCCGGACCUGUCCAAGAAGGACCUGCUCCACCUGCUGGGCAUCAUGGAGGGAGAAGUCCAGGCCAGAGAGGACAUCAUCGGCCUGAUGAAGACGCAGAGAACCCGACCGGAGACCCUGGAGGCCCACUACGGCUCGGCCGCGCCCGCCAAGCCCCUGCAGGCCCUGCAGAGAGACGGGAUGCUCGUGCACGGCGGCGGCAGCGUCACAGAAGACGUCUACGAGAGGCCCAUGGCCGAGUUGGACCGUCUGGAGGACAAACAGAAGGAGACGUACAGACGGAUGCUGGAGCAGCUGCUGCUGGCCGAGAAGUGUCACCGGCGCACCGUGGUGGAGCUGGACAGCGAGAAGAGGAAGCACGCCGACUUCAUGAACAAGAGCGACGACUUCACCAACCUGCUGGAGCAGGAGAGGGAGAGACUCAAGCGGCUGCUGGAGCAGGAGAAGGCCUACCAGGCCCGUAAGGACAAGGACCACAGCCGGCGGCUGGAGAAGGUCAGAGCAGAGCUGGUCAAGCUCAAGUCCUUCGCCCUGAUGUUGGUAGACGAGCGGCAGCUGCACAUCGAGCAGAUCGACCAGCAGAGCCAGAAGAUCCAGGACCUCACUCAGAAGCUGGACGAGAAAGAGCAGCGGCUGGAGGCGGUGAGCAGCGCCGCCAAGGACGACAGCCAGAAGGUCCUCAAGCUGGAGGCUGAGCUGGAGCACAAAGCCGCAAUGUUCAUGCAGGACCAUGAGGAGAUGACUUCCAAGCUGGCAAACCAGGAGUCCCAGAGCCGGCAGCUCAGGCUGAAGCUGACCGGACUGGCCAACAAGAUUGAAGAGCUGGAGGAGAGCAACAAAACACUUCAGAAAUCCGAGGAGGACCUGCAGGAGCUGCGGGAGAAGAUCACCAGAGGGGAGUGCGGGAACUCUUCUCUCAUGUCCGAGCUGGAGAAUCUGCGAAAGAGGGUGCUGGAGAUGGAGGGCAAAGACGAGGAGAUCACCAAAACUGAGACUCAGUGCAAGGAGUUGAGGAAGAAGCUGCAAGACGAGGAGAACCACAGCAAGGAGCUGAGGCUGGAGGUGGACAAACUCCAGAAGAGGAUGGUUGAGCUGGAGAAACUGGAGGGGGCGUUCAACAAGAGUAAAACGGAGUGCUCGCAGCUUCACGCCAACCUUGAAAAAGAGAAACGAGCGGUGAAGGAUUUGGCCGGCGAGCUGGAGACCGUGAAGACCAGGCUGAAGGAGCUUGAGUCUUCAGAGUCCAAGUUCGAAAAGGCAGAGAUGGUGCUCAAAGACGACCUGAUGAAGAUGAAGUCCUUCACGGUCAUACUGGUGGACGAGAGGAAAAACAUGGCGGAGAGACUGAAGCAGGAGGAGCAGAAAAGUGACGAGCUGAGUAAGAUGUUCAAGGCAGAGCAGAGCAAGGUGACAGACGUGACGGAGAAGCUGAUCGAGGAGAGCAAGAAGCUCCUCAAAUUCAAAUCAGAAAUGGAGAUCCAAGUGACGGGUCUCACGAAAGAGAAAGAAGAACUGAAAAACAAACUUGCAGGUGAAGAGGAAAAGUGUCGGGAGUUAAACAAGAAGAUGAGUGGAAUGAAAAUGAGAAUAGACGGACUCGAGGAGGCGGAGAGGGAGAUGCAGAGGAAGUGGGCCGACAAGGAGAAAAACCCGGACGAAGACAACAAAGUGAAAGAGCUGACGUUGGAGAUAGAAAGACUGAAGAGCAGGCUCAAACAGCUGGAGGUGGUGGAGGGAGACCUCAUGAAAACCGAGGACGAGUACGACCUGCUGGAGAAGAAAUUCAGAACAGAGCAGGAAAAAGCAAACACCCUCUCCAAGCUGCUGGAGGACAUGAGAAGUCAGAUCGCAAGGAACAAAGCCAUCGAGAAGGGCGAGGUCACGAGUCCCGAGGCCGAGCUGAGAGUCCGCUGCAAAAUGGAGGAGGCUAAAUCCCGAGAGCUGCAGGUGGACGUGCAGGCGCUGAAGGAGAAAAUCCAUGAGCUGAUGAACAAAGAGGACCAGCUGUCCCAGCUGCAGGUGGACUUCAGCGUCCUCCAGCAGAGGUUCAUGGAGGAGGAGGAGAAGAAGAGGAACAUGAGUCAAGAAGUGGAGAGCCUCACCAGAGAGCUGGAAGCCACCAAGCGCUACAGUCGCGCCCUGAGGCCCGGUACGAAUGGUCGAAGGAUGGUCGAUAUCCCGGUGACCUCCACAGCAGUCCAGACGGAUGCGAUGGCCAGCGAGGCAGCGGAAGACGACACAGCGGCAGGCUUCAUCCGGAAAUCGGUCCAGGAGGAGAACCACCUAAUGAGCAACCUCAGACAGCGUGGGCUGAAGAAGCCCACGGUCCUCGACCGAUACCCUCCGGCAUCGGCUGAUCUUGGGGCGAGAAAAUCCUGGAUCCCCUGGAUGAAGAAGAAGGAAGACAGUCCAGAGAGGACCAACGGGUCGUUUCUGCUCCGUCCGCCAGAAAUGAGCAUGUCCCCAAAGCCGGGUCAGCCACUUCACAUCCGAGUGACACCGGAUCACGAGAACAGCACCGCCACUCUGGAGAUCACCAGCCCCCGAGCUGAAGAUUUCUUCUCCAGCACCACCAUAAUACCCACUCUCGGGGUUCAGAAACCUCGGAUCACCAUCGUCCCCAAGCCCACCACCGUCACCUCCAAGGCCAAGGCCUGCGAUCUGAUGGGAGGUCUCGACCGCGCCAAAUCCCCCGUUACCAUAACCACCAUCUCCAGGGCAAAGAGUCCAGACAGGAGCGCCGGCGCUGGCAGCGGCCUUCAGUCGCCAGUGUCCAUCAUUACUGUGAGCACCACUCCUGUGGCGGAAGCAUGCGCUUCGUCAGACCCUCAUGAAAUCCCCACGAGCCGCACAGUCAUCAAGAUGACGCCGGAGAAGCAGCCGGGGCCCGCGCCGGUCAGGAAAUACAACGGCAACAGCAACAUCAUUACCACAGAGGACAACAAGAUCCACAUCCACUUGGGCGCACAGUUCAAGAGGCCCUCGGAGCGCUGCAGCAGCCCCAUGCUGACACUCAGGCCCACCGGCGUGGGCUCGGACAGCAAGGAGACGCUGACGGGGACGGUGCUGCGAUCGCCACGCCAAGCCUCCACCACCAAGAGCAAAAUGACCAGCAGCAUCAUGAUCACGCCCGUCACUUCUUCAGCCUCCAGGCCGACACAGUCAGUGCCCGGUUCGGAACUGCCGUCAGCUCGAAGCGCAGCCACACGGAUCCCGAUGUCAAAAGGUUCUCGACAGGAUGCCGUGAACGGCCGGCGCUGAAGACAAAUCAAGACGGCUGAAGAUUCUCAUGAAUCCAUCAACAGAAACAGAUUCAAAAAAGCUCAAAAUGCAGAAAAUCAAGAGACUCAACAUGAAAUAUUUUGCUGUGUUGUUUCAAAAUUAUGCUGAAUUUGUUCUGAUUCUUUUGUGUUUGGAGAAUCUCCACUGAUUGAUAUGAGGAAACACUGGUGGUUAACCUGCAGGAAAUGGGAGAAAUUCACUCCUUUUUCCUCUUUGUUAGCUCAAAAUAGAUGCCACAGCUGUAAUUUGACCAGGAAAUUAUCAGUUUCUUAAAACCACUGGAUAUAAAGCUCCAUCUGCUGAUAUUUUUGCAGGAUCUAUUUUAUUCAAACCCAGUUUAUAAUAGAUUCCCUCUAAUUUUUAUUCCGAAAAACACACUACAUUGGUGCCACAGGUGAGUAAAACUGUAUCAUUACUGUGACACAAUAUUCUCGAUCUGAUUAGUUGUUAUGACCAAAAUAAAAAAACAGAGUACAGUUUGAAAAGUUAAAUCAUGAUUAGAAUACAUAUUGUAACGAAAGGUUUAAAAAAAGCCAAAUUUGUGUGAAGAUAAUUCCACCACAUGCAAAUUUAAAGCAUCCAUGAUAUUAAUAAACAUUAUAACAUGUUGUGCUUUGUGUUCAUUGAAACAUUCAAAUGCAUAAAUUUGCACCCUAAAGCUUCCUGUUGGUUCUGUUUGUGGGUUUUUGUGAAAUUCAAUGGAAUUUCUUCUAUUUGAAUGAUGUUGUCAGCUUUGGAUAAAGGUCUAUGGAAAAAGAGUGAAUCUAUAUGUAAACACUGGAUUCUUCUCAAAAUGAAAUGAACUUCAA